AUGGCGGUUGGCCGUGGAGGCUUCGAUGUUGGAGACGGAGCCUACGAGCUCACCUUGAUUGCUCCGCACAUGAUCUCGACCGGAAGAACCAUGCGGAACCAGGCUGCCCUGCUCGUCACGCUCGCCGCUCUCGCCGCGCCACUGGGAGCUUCCCCGGUGGUGCCGCGAGCAUCGUCCACGUCGUCGCCGACCCAGCUCCCUGCCGUCGUUUACCGUGGCGACCUGAUUCCUCCCACAUCGUACAUGGCGAGCGGUGGAAUCCCGCCCGAGUUCUCCGACAAAGAAAAGGUAACGGCCAAGUCAUUCUCCCUGUUUUGGCACAACAUCGGCACCGACUACGACGGAUUCGGCCUCGGCACCAGAGACUUCAGGUCUGCAUACGCGGCAACUUCGAGCAACUUUUCGCCGGCACUCGCCUUCGCCGUGGCGAAUAACCCGGAAGAUUUCGGAUGGAUGUAUAGGAUACACGCCACGCCCAACAUGGUUGAUCUGGUCAACUCGGGCUUCAAGCCUCUUUUCGGUAGCGAGGCCGAGUUUGCCGCCCUCGGAGGGAUACGGUGGGACCAGGUGGAGGCUUGGCUUCAGAUUCCCAAGAACGUGACCAAGGCGAGCAAAGAUGGGCCGGUAUUCAAAGGCAUCACAAGUGAGGAGCUCGAAAGGUGGGAAACGGCCGAGGCCUUUUUCAAAGAGUUCCCCGACUUGAAAUGGGUCGAGAACCCGGACUACAACCCGGCGUACAGCCAAUAUCGCGCCAGCGAAGGCCAGCCCCAGCUUGCUGGUAAGGGCGAAAACCUGCCGCCUGCGCUGGAGCAGAAUGCCGUUGAUUUCAUGAACAGGGUCGGCGCCGCCGUGGGUUGGAAGGGCAAGUUCCCCUUGGUGGGCCCUGCGCCGGCCGCGGUCUCGGUCGACGAGGAGCGGAAGAAGCUCAAGGACCACUGCGCCAAAUCGGCCGACCCCACGGCCUGCAACGGUGCAGCGACCCAGUGCGCCGCCCGUUUCCACAGAGAUGCGAAGUUUGAGGAUUUCAUGGCCUGCGUCGUCGAGUUGACUCCGAAGUCGGCGGAGCCCAAGGUGUAA